CGUAAUACAUAUGCAAUGUGGUAAAAUCCUGUGCCGCCGUCUCUCAUUUUCUCCUGUCUUGCUUCACUCUCAAAGCCAUUUCUUAAAACCCUGGUCUUAUCUCCGCUCCUUCUCUUCUUUCGCCAUGGCGGCCCCAAAUCACCCCAAAGACGAAGACUAUCUGAAGAACGUCAUACCGAAACGAAUUAGUCUUUUCCAAUCCAUUCAGUCACAACAACAAGCCCACAUUCAGUCGCUACCUCACGACCCUAUCGAGAUUGUGUUGCCGGAUGGGUCUGUGAAGGAAGGAAAAAGAUGGCUAACUUCGCCCAUGGAUAUUGCCAAAGGGAUAUCAAAGAGUUUGGCAGCCAAUGCUCUCAUUUCUAUGGUGGAUGGAGUUUUGUGGGACAUGAAUAGACCGUUGGAAGGCAAUUGUCAACUCAAACUGUUCACAUUUGAGACUGAUGAAGGUCGUGAUACUUUUUGGCACUCUAGCGCCCAUAUUCUUGGACAGGCAGUGGAAAUGGAGUAUGGUUGCAAAUUAUGUAUUGGACCCUGUACCACAAGGGGAGAGGGUUUCUACUAUGAUGCAUUUUAUGGUGACUUGGGCUUGAAUCAGGACCACUUUAAGUCAAUUGAUGCAGGGGCCGCGAAAGCUGUUGCGGAAAAGCAGCCUUUUGAACGCAUUGAAGUAACAAAAGAACAGGCUCUUGAGAUGUUUUCUGAUAAUAGUUUCAAGGUUGAGAUCAUCAAUGAUCUACCUGCCGACAAAACUAUUACAGUAUAUAGAUGCGGUCCCUUGGUUGACUUGUGUCGUGGACCCCAUAUACCAAAUACAUCUUUUGUGAAAGCAUUUGCGUGUUUGAAGGCUUCGUCAGCUUAUUGGAGGGGAAACAAAGAUCGUGAGAGUUUACAGAGAGUAUAUGGGAUAUCUUUUCCUGAUAAAAAAAGUUUGCUGGAGCAUAUUAAACUGUUGAAAGAAGCAGAGCAAUAUGACCAUAGAGAAGUGGGUAAAAAGCAAGAACUUUUCUUUAAUCAUCCUCUUAGCCCUGGAAGCUGGUUCUUCCUUCCACACGGUACUCGUGUUUACAACAAAUUGAUGGAGUUUAUUAAAAAACAGUAUUGGGAGAGAGGUUAUCAGGAGGUUAUAUCGCCAAAUAUGUAUAACAUGAAACUCUGGGAAACAUCUGGUCAUGCAGCAAAUUACAAGGAGAAUAUGUUUCUGAUUGAUAUUGAGAAACAAGAAUUUGGAUUGAAGCCAAUGAAUUGUCCAGGGCACUGUUUGAUGUUUGACCACAAGGUUCGUUCUUAUAGAGAACUACCACUUCGACUGGCUGAUUUUGGGGUGUUGCAUCGGAAUGAGGCAAGUGGUGCACUGACUGGAUUAACUCGUGUCAGGAGAUUUCAGCAGGAUGAUGCUCAUAUUUUCUGCAGGGAAUCCCAGAUAAAAGACGAAGUAAAGGGUGUCCUGGAAUUCAUCGAUUACGCAUAUACAAUAUUUGGGUUCACAUAUGAACUGAAGCUGUCAACUAGGCCAGAAAAGUAUCUAGGUGACUUGGCAACAUGGGAGAAAGCAGAAGCUGCUCUUACAGAAGCAUUGAAUGAGUUCGGUAAGCCAUGGCAGAUAAAUGAAGGGGAUGGAGCAUUUUAUGGACCAAAAAUAGAUAUCAGUGUAUCUGAUGCAUUGAAGAGGAAAUUUCAGUGUGCAACUUUACAGCUUGACUUCCAGCUACCUGAUCGAUUCAACUUGGGUUACUCAGCUGAAGAUGAAGCGAAGACAGAAAGACCUGUUAUGAUACACAGGGCCAUAUUGGGUUCUGUUGAGCGUAUGUUUGCUAUACUGUUGGAACAUUACAAGGGGAAGUGGCCCUUUUGGCUUAGUCCCCGUCAAGCAAUUGUUUGCCCUGUCUCAGAGAAAUCACAGCCAUAUGCGUUGCAGGUACGGGAUCAAAUUCAGCAAGUGGGUUAUUAUGUUGAUGCAGAUACAACAGAUAGAAAGAUCCAGAAAAAGAUACGGGAAGCUCAGUUGGCACAAUACACUAUAUAUUGGUUGUUGUGAAGAGGAAGCCAAACUGGACAGGUGAGUGUACGGGAGAGAGAUGUGAAAGAUCAGAAAGACAUUUCAGUAAUGAGCAUGGAGAACUUACUCAAGCUAUUCAAGGAGAAGACAGAGGCCUAUCAUUAAGGCCAGGGGUACUUAACCAUUAAAGUGAUUACUUAAAGUUGGAUGCAAAACUUCAUUACAACACCUCAACCAGGGGGAAAAUUAUCAAUUAUUAAGCCUCCUUGUAUUUUGAUUUUUGAAGUCAAUAGAAAGUUUCUUGGUUUGUACCACUUGCACUUCUCAGAUUGUCAGGUCAAUGUUUUUGCUGCUUCAUAUGCAGUCUUUGUUCAAUUCAGUGAAAAUUUUGCCAUCGGUUACAUUUACAAGUAAAUUAUUCUACAAGUUUGCCGUAUUA